CUACUUUUUGUGAAAAUGCAUCAACCCAAUAAUCUUCUUUUCUUGUAAAAAAAAACUAAGCCAAGCACCAUAGACAAUUAAGGUGCUUUGGUUUUCUCCUUACCCCUCUCCUCCAUCAAAUUCAUUAUCCUUCGUUAGAUAAUUGAACAUCAUUAAUUAUGGGAGGCUGUGCAAGCAGACCUAAAGCAUUGGAUGAUCAGCUGCCAUCGCAACCUCCCCAAAAGGGUAGCCGUAGUACUAUUACUCAUGCAAAAUCAGUCACUGCCCCUACUAAUGAUGUUGCAGCAACAACUAUUGGCACCACCACCAAACCCACACCAACAACUCCCAAUCUUGAGGUCGAGGUGGGCGUGGCAACAUCCACAACUGACCAGAAACAGGUUGACGAUCAGAAUAACGAGUUGCUGGUUGUUGUCUCUAGCGAUGAUGUUGUAAUAGAUGCCAAAGAGACGAAGGAUGGUGAAAAAUUAGAGGAGGGAGGUAAUGAUGUGAAAAAAAUUAAGAAUGAAGAGAAAGAUUUGUUGGUUGAUGUUGAGCCCCAACCAAAGCUAAACCAUGAAAGAGAGACUGAUCAGAAAACCUCAUCAACACCACCAUUGGUUACCGUGAAAAAUACAAUUAAUGGUGGUCAUGAUGAUGAGGCAACUGGAACUAAGAAGGUUGAGGCUACUAGUAAUGUUGUUGCUAAGGAUGAUCCUGCGGCCCUUUCCUUACAAAACCAUAAGAAGGAUGAUGAUCAGAAGGUUGAUGUUGCUACAUCAGAGAUAGAGGAAUCUGCAACACUAGUGGAAAAAGUUGAGGAAGUUGUAGCAUCAAAUGCGAAGGAGGCUAAUGUAACGCAAUCAAAAGUAGUUACAAUUACCAAAAUGGAGGAGACGGCUAUGGAGGCAGAACUAGGAGUAGCAGCUAGACACCCCAAAGUCGUAGAGACGGAAUCUAAACCGUUGCUGCCGCCCGCCGCUGCACAACCUAGAGCAACCAUGGCAGAUCAAUCAAAUAGAGAAAACUAACGACCGAUCAGCAUCAAGCGCGAGAUCUUAUAUGUGGAUGGAUGCUACACCAACACUAUACAUCUACCCUCGACCAGAAAAAUCAGGCAGAUAAUUAACAAAAUUACACAAAAUACUAGUUAAUCGUGUCAACAGUCAACACACAACUGAUCAUCAACUACUUUUGUAUUGGUUUUAUAAUUGAAUUAUCGUGCAGUAUAACUUGAACAACAACUCAUAUAUUAAUUAAUGCAAUCCAGUUUUAUAUAUUUGUGCUUAUUAAUAUAUGUUCAUUAUACAU